GUUGAUGAGCUAUUAAAGCCCAGAUGAAGAAGCACCCCGGAAGAAUUAUAUAGUUACAGGGGUAACGAGCGAGGUAUAUUAGCCUUGGUUGGAUAUUCCGGCUAAGCAAAGUCACCAUGCGCAUCCCCACAUCCAUCACGGUGCUCUGUACGCUCGUCGCGUAUGCUACCGCACAGUGCAUGGAGUGCGCAUCACUCGUCACGUACAGGAACGCGACGUACAACCUCGAGGAGCAGUGUACAGUGCACAGCGGAUACCAUUGUUUUUACAGAAGCAAUGACACCUCAGGGGACUUCUGCGACUGUUAUUACAAUAAAACGGGAAUAGUUGAGACCAACGAGUCGACAUACUUCUGUCCCACAGGGUCUUCAAAUUUCAGUGCAACAUGCUCUGGUUGUCCAAGUUAAUUUGGUGUGGAGUCACGGACUCGAUUUGGACUCGAUCGGACUUUUCCCAUAGCUUAGUCAUUCGGCUACUAGUAUUAGAUGUUAACGUUGAAGUACCACAAAAUCAACCAGU